AUGUCUUGGUCUCGUAGGGCCUUGAUCUCUGCAUUUGUAGGUCUAUUUGCCGCGACGUUUAUCCUGUCCUUCGUCAAGUAUUCCACGAAGGUGUAUGAUGCAUAUGCCACGAGCGCAUUCUCAAAACAUUCAGCGCUAACUACGGCGAACGUCGUGUACACUAUCAUGAAUAUGGUCACCUAUCCAGUCAUGGCUAAGUUAUCGAACGCGGGCGGUAUAUUCGAAUCGAUUGGUGAUACCGGCUUCACCAUUAUGCAGCAGAUAUUCAUCGCUGACACCACAAGCUUACUCAAUCGCGGCCUUUGGUCUUCUCUCCCGGAAUCUGUCACUGCCAUCCCUACACUAUAUCUUGGAACUAUCGUUGCCGAUAGCGUAUUGGAGCACUCGACCUGGCGAUGGGGAUACGGCAUGUGGGCUCUCAUCUUCCCUUUCUGCGCUGCGCCUCUCAUCAUUUCAAUGUUUAUUCUCCAACGCCGCGCCAAGAAGAAUGGAUAUAAGAACAAGAGCGCUUGGGCAUCAUCACCCGCUGGUGCGUCCCUUCUCGAACGGGUGCACCGCCUUGUAUGGACGGACUUGGAUUUCCUAGGAGCCUUCUUCCUCGUGGUGGGACUUGGUCUUGCACUCAUUCCCCUGUCUCUUACUGGCUCCAAGAACAGUGACCGAUGGCACGAGGGGUCUUUCAUCGCCAUGCUUGUUAUCGGUGUUGUAGUAGUCGGAGUCUUCUUCCUUUGGGAUGCAAAGUUUGCCGUCAAGCCAUUCGUGCCCUUCCGCAUGAUCAGAGAGCGCACCGUGGUUGCCGCGUGCAUCUUGUCGAUUCUCGACUUCUUCCACUAUUCCUGCUUCACUCUAUUCUUUCCCAGUUAUCUUCAGGUUGCUGGAGGCUACUCCGCUGGCCAUGCCUCGAGGAUCGAUAACGGUCUCCGUGUCUCUUUCCAGAUUGCCUCGGUCUUCGUGGGCAUCCUUAUGAGAUACUUCAAAAAGUCUCAGGUGUUCGUUUUCAUUGGUGUACCGCUUGUCAUUCUCGGCCAGGGGCUUCAGAUUUACUUCACAAAUAUGCACGGUGAUGGACCUGCAAACGAGCCAUCAUUCGUGACUGCAAAGGUCCUUGUUGGUGUUGGCAGGGCCUUCUACCAGACUGCUGCACAAGUCUCUAUUCAGGCAAUUGUCAAGAAGGAAGAUGUCGCGGUCGUAACAGCUGUAUACUAUGCCGCAAUGAACUUUGGAGCAGCUAUUGGCACAAGCGUUGGCGGUGCCAUUUGGAACAACCUACUCCCCGAUAAGUUAGCCAAGUAUCUUCCGGCAGAGGGCAAGAAACAAGCGCAGGCAAUCUACAAGUCUAUCGUCACAGCAAAGAAGUUCGCUAAGGGUAGCGAGAUGCGGUCGGCCAUUGAUCUGUCAUAUCGAGAGACACAGCAGACCCUGGCCAUCGCAGCGACUGCAGCACUAGCGCCGAUGUUGAUAGUCAUGUUCGCCUUGAAGAACGUAGACCUCAGCAAGAGACAGGCUGAACAGGAGCAUGAUUCUGACGAAGAAGAGCAGACUCCAGUGGGGAAGGACACCGCGCAUGUCGACGAGAAGACAGUUGAUCGCCAAGUCAAGGAGCUAUGA